AUCUCCAGUUGAUACCAACUCCUCAACCUGCAGGACUGGAUUCCUUUUGCAAAGCAGGGCCGGCAGAGGGCGCUCUCCCAGCCAGGAGAAGGGCUGAAGCGCCUGGGAACCGCCGCUAGAGGGCCGCCACCUCCCUCCCGGCCCGGGCAUCGCAAGAGGAGACGCCCGCAGGAGCCGAGCCUACCGUUCACACGUGCUUCCUGCUCCGAAGAGCCCCGAGCAUGCUGGCCGGCAGGAGAGUGGCGGUGCACGUCUGCAGAGGGGGCGGCUUCCCGCAACGGGCCCGCUUCGAGCAGAGCAUCGUUGGCCACUGCUGUCCCCCCCACGAAGACAGCGGCAUCGUGCACUGCGCUCUCAAACCCCUCCAGUUCCUCGUUUCUGACCAGGAAUUUCCUGGCUCCACCAGACUCCUCUUGAAGCGCCCCCCGUUCUGCCCCAUCAAGCAUUUGACUGUGGAGCAAAGGGCUUCCCUCCCCACGGAGAGCCGGUGCCAGGGGGUGGAUGUCGGGGUGGCCGUUCUCCUGGAAUCGGCGAACCAAAAGAUUUUGUUGACCCGCCGGGCGAGAACACUCAGCCUCUUCCCCACUGCUUGGGUGCCUCCUGGCGGCCAUAUUGAACUGGAGGAAGAGCUGCUGGAUGCCGGGCUGAGGGAGCUGGAGGAAGAGACCGGCUUGCAGCUGCAGGAUGGGGAAUUCUCCUGGCACCUGCUGGCCCUCUGGGAGUCUGUGUACCCUCCCCAGCUGAGCCAAGGUUUGCCCCAGCGCCACCACAUCGUGAUCUACCUGCACUUGGCCUUGCACGAGAGCCACCAGCAGCUCCAGAUUGAUCCACAUCUCUCGAUAGGCCAGGCUGAAGCCCAACGAAGCCGAGGUCAGCGCUGUCGCUUGGCUGGACCGCCCCACCCUGGCAUCCAUUGUGGCUACGGAGGACGGGGCAGAAGGCGAGAUCCCAGGGGCGGGCAGGGGGGCACCGCCCACUGUCAGCAUCGUGGAACUGGAGAAGGGCUCAACCAAGACCCUGGUAAUCCCCACCGCCACCUUCCUGGCCACAGCACAAGGGGAGGACGUGGAGCAAGUCAGCACCGGUACCAAGUACGCCCUCCGGCAGUGGCUGAACUUGUCUCCCCCCUGAACGGCCGAGGAUGCUCAAACACCUGGAAAGCAGGAGGAUGCCCUGGGCAGCCCUCCAGAGUCCAGCUGAUGCAUCUGGAGUUGCCUGGCAGAUGUUUGGCUCCAACACUCCUUGGCUUUUGUUUUGGAGAGUGGGGCGCCUGUGUUCCAGCCAUUGCUCAGUUGCCAAAAGAUGACGAGUCUUAUUUAGCUUUUGCUUGUCUCUGGGGUUUACAUUACAGAUAUAGUCCUCGACUUAACAACAGUUCAUUUAGUGACCGUUCGAAGUUACAACGGCACUGGAAAAAGUGACUUAGGACCGUUUUUUACACUUAACGGCCAUGGCAGCAUCCCCGUGGCCACGUGAUU